AUGGAGUCUCAGUAUCUGAAGAGAUGUCUGGGAAAUUGCUUGAAAAAAGGACUGGCAGAAGUUGUAGAGCAUCGGCCAGCAGAUCCGAUAGAGUAUCUGGCACAUUGGAUUUACAAUUACAGAAGAAUCUUAGAUGAAGAAAAAAAGAGAAUGUUGGAGAGGAUUGAGCUAGAACAAGAACGGGAGGCGGCCCUGGUAGAACUUGAAAUGUUAAGAAAAAUGAAGGAAGAAGAGCUAAUGAUCCAGCAGAAACUUGAAGAACAACGUCAGGGUCAGUUGGAACAAGAACAUGAAGAGUUGGAACUGCAGAAUGAAGACAACGAAAUGCUGUUGCAGCAGAAAGAUCAAGAGGAAAAUGGAAAGACGAUAGCUGAACUUACAGAUAGACCUGGAGCACCUAAUUUGACUAGAGUUGAGGAGCUAGAUGAGAACGGACAAUUUGAGAGUGUAGCAGAUCUCAUGGCAGAAGAAGAACAAGAAAGUUCCCAACUUAUCUGA